CUAUUUUUCGCAAACCUGACUGACAAUAUUUUAUUUAAAAAAUUAAAAUUAUAUAAAAUAUAAUUAGAAAAUAAAUCUAAAUUGUAAAAAUAUUCUUACUGAAGAGAAUUUACAAAUUUUCAUACAAGGAUCAAAAAUGUGAAUGCCCUUACUCAGCAUACCAGCCAAUCAAAAAUAAAUUGGCCUUCGGAUAAAUGUCAUAUAAAACGGAUCUCACCGAAAAAGAUAUAAUGGAGAUACAAGACGAGCUCAACGAGUCAUUCCGGAGCAACGUUUUAAGUUCCAUAAGGCAAAUCGAGUCCCAGAACCAAAAAGCCACGAUGGACAAGGUCAAAAAGUCGAUGGAAAAAAAUUUGGGACGUCCACUGGACCGGAACGAUUACAAGCAACGGCUGGAUAACUUGUGCCAAAAUGGUAUCAUCUUUAAAUUAUCUACCAAUCGAGGUCAACCAUAUUUUUCCUGCUAUGAUAAUUCGAACCCCUCAAAAACCGCCAAAGCGGGUUCGCUCGCCGCACGGAAAUCUCUCGAAGACAAAGGGGGAAAUACCAAGAAAAUUGGCGUGGGCGAUUACAUAUAUUAUGACGAACGCAAAAGUGAACGUCCACCCCCUGCUCGACGACUAAGAAGUUCAGUUGCUCACGAAGCUAUCGAAAUAUCUCACGAGAAGGAACAAAAAUCUAACGCCAAACCAUCCUCACCUCUCCCUUAUCCCAAGUUAAAAAUUGUUAAAAAAGGUGUCGCCACAGCUGACCAAACUCUUCCGCUUGACGCGUCAAACUCAUCACCCCCAUUUUCUUCGAUUCUCGAAUACCGGGAUGGCCGAUCUAUGAUAGAAGACGAAGACGAAUUAGAGUUGCCCCAAAGAUCGUCUUGCUUUAAUUCGUUGAUUAAGGAAAUAAGUGGAGGAACACUGCGCGACAAACUUAACAGAUCUACAGCCUCACUUUCUUCCUCUCCUCCAUCCUGUUAUCAAGAUGACGAUGAUGAAGAAUGCGACCAAAGAAAUGUUCUGGAAGAACAAAAUGAUAAUACGGCACUUCGCACCGAUCCCGUUUCUCGCGAAUUUUUACUCGAAAAUGACACGGUUUCAAGAGACAUUUCGCUCAAGGCGUUUUUUCAAUUGUCUCAUCUUCAUAUCGACCGAUCUCGUAUGAUCAAAUUUUUUGAUGAUUUGAGAAUUCUCGUUUUAGGCAUGAACAAAAACAGGAAACAAAAAUGGAAGAAGGAGGAAAUCAAAAAUUUAGUUAGAACAGUGUAUAUCCCCUUUUUAUUUGAGAUAGGCGAAUGUCUUGAUUUUUUGAUAAUCAUGGGCGAUAAAAAGGUCACUCUGGAAUCCUUGCUUUCCGUCGAUUUGAAAUGCGGCUUAACGUUCAAAGAAUUAGAAAAAAUGCUAAUCAAUAUCUUAGCGGGGAUCAACAUGAUCAAUAUCUUGAUCAAAAAUGAAGAAAUUAGCGAAGAAUUUAAAUCCCCACCCACUUCUCACAAAUCCACUGAAUCCGACCAUUGUGGGUCGAAUGCUGAAGACGCCUCUUUUUCAUCUCCCUCGUCUUGCUUAUCCAAAUAUUCCCUUUUUUCGAAGAGCCCCCUUAAAACACCCUCAUCAUCGAUCCUGUUCGCUCAAAACAUCGCGUCACAAUCUACCGCCUCAUCUUCGGAAUCGAUCCAAAACCAAAAUACGGUCGACCCCACACACGAGCCACCCUCAUCCCCCUUCAUCAGGUGCUUAUCGAAAAAGGAGAAAUACAACGCUGGCAAAAUAUUGAAAAAAUUCUUAAAACGCGCUGUUUCCUCUGGCAAAUUGGUUAAAACUACUGAUAAGCUCUAUAGAUUUUAUGUCGACGAGCCUUCAACCCAAAAUCAUAGUAUGUCUGCGGCGAACCCAUUCGUGCCUCUUCAUCAGCCCGACAAUUAUAGCUCUCAAGCCUCAAAUACAUUUUUCCCAACUAGUCACCCCGAAACGAGCUUAAACGCCAACAUAAUUUUCAAACCCGCUACGCUUAAAACCAGCACCGCUACUCCUAACCCAUUCACCCUGAACCUCAAUUUGCCGGCUCACAUAAACAACAACAACAACAAUCUAUUCUCAUUAUCUCAACCCCAAAACUCAUCUCACAUCACAAAAUUGUCUUCAGUCUUUCAAACUUGCUCGGUCCCGCAGAUUUUACCCAACAAUUCGCCCUCAUCUUCCUCGAACAAAUCUUGUAGUAUCUGUGAAAAAGCUAACGAUAAAAACCUCUCCGACGAAAUGCUGAAGUGUGACGAAUGCGGGAAAAUGAGUCAUCCAUCUUGUCUCAAAUACACUUCACAACUCACGGAUCUCAUUAAAAAUAUGAGGUGGCAAUGUGUAGAAUGCAAAAAAUGCUGUAAAUGCGGCCUCACGGGAAACGCCGAUACCCUGGCGCUUUGCAGUGCGUGCGAUCGAGGUUUUCACAAAGAUUGUUGCGGCCUUACCUUAUCCAAUUCUCAAAAAAAAUGGCUCUGUCCUUAUUGCUAUAAUCUCAAAGACCGUAACAUGAUUAACAAUAUCGCUAGCGGCGUUAAAAAACGUUACAAGCUCACUCAUUACCAACAAUCAUUGGGUUCUCUUAAAAAUACCCCCAACAUAUCUAACAAAUACCACCACCCAUACAACAAAAAAUCCGUCAAAAGUUUUUCCGAAUCGAAUAUCGGUAAGCAGCACCCGCCUUUCAAGAGAGGCCGAGGUAGACCUCGAAUAAAUUUCGGAGGUAUUAAUAAUAGCGGGGGUUACAAAAAGAAGGGUAGGCAUUCGCUUUGCAUUAAGACUACUACUAAUUCAACGAACCAGAAUUUAUCGUUCGCGAAUCUUAAGGACAAGGCUCUUUGGAAUAGGAAACCUUUUAUGACGGCCGGUGGCGAUAAAUUCAACAAAUCAAAACGGGAUAAAGAUCGAAUCUCUCCUAAAAAUUUGAUCAGUAAAGAUUCAAAUAAUCAGCAACAAAAUCAAGCAAAUAUUGUACUUCCUCCUGACGUGACCUUAGAAGAUUACGAGUUAUUUCAGAAGGCUAAAGCUAGAGCACAAAAGCGAAUUCAAGAAUCCCAGUAUCCCUUUCCUCACCUGUACGAUCAAAGUGCUGUUAGCAUAGGUGGAGAAGACACUAGCAACGCAGACAGUGGACGUGGGAGUCCUUCUAAUCAGCCUCCCCCAAAAAUGGCCGUUACAGUUACAGGACUAGGAAGCGCUUGUCCAGGGAGUGUUGAAAUGGGUCGUUUCGAAAUUAGAACUUGGUACUCUAGUCCAUACCCCCAAGAAUACGCUCGACUUCCUAAAUUGUUUCUUUGUGAAUUUUGUCUCAAGUACAUGAAGAGCAAGAUGAUAUUGGAUAGACACAAAGGGAAAUGUAAAUGGCAAAAUCCUCCCGGUAACGAAAUUCACAGGAAAAAUGGGAUCUCGAUUUUCGAGGUAGACGGUAACGUCUGUAAAAUGUAUUGCCAGAAUUUGUGUCUACUCGCUAAGCUAUUCCUAGAUCAUAAAACGCUUUAUUACGAUGUUGAACCCUUCCUGUUCUAUGUUCUCACUAAAAAUGACGCGCAAGGUUAUCACGUGGUUGGAUAUUUUUCUAAAGAAAAAAAUAAUCCUCAAAACUACAAUGUAUCGUGCAUUAUGACGUUACCCCCAUAUCAGCAACAAGGUUACGGACGCCUGUUGAUUGAUUUCAGUUAUCUUCUAUCGAGGAAAGAAGGUAUUCCUGGCACGCCAGAAAAACCUUUAUCCGACCUCGGUCGAUUGGCUUACUCUUCAUAUUGGAAAGGAGAAAUAUUGGAUUAUUUGAAUGAACACCAAGAUGCUCCGACAUCAUUUAAAGCUAUCAGUGAUACAACCGGAAUAACUCCAUACGACAUAGCUCAAACACUUCAAACACUUAACCUUUUAACUUAUAAUCGCGAAUCACAAGCUUUUGAGAUAAGCAUUGAUUUCGACGUCCUCGAAACCCACUUGCUUAAAAAACGAAUCGAAGCGGAAAAAAUCGAAAAGGGGCAUAGAAUCAACACCAAGGCCGAUCCUAUGUCAUUGCAUUGGUUUCCUGUCAAGUACAGGGAUGAUUUUACUAAAAUAAUGAUGUUAGAUCAACCAUUUACAGAAAUUGAGCCACUAAACCCCUCUCCAAUCAAAGAUGGAUCAAACCAGUCAGAUAUUAUUGAUCUCCAGCACACUGAUAAUCACGUUACUACCCAAGAGAUAGAAAUCGUAGAAGCAAAUACAAAUAAUGAAAUUGGACUAGAUCCUAGUUUUGAAAUUGAGGAGAAUGCUGUUAGUUUUCCAAAUAAAGGCAUAGAUAAAAUAGCAUCUCUCAAAUAUAAGAAUAAGAAAAAACGAAAACACCGACAUUGGCUAGAUUAUCAGAAGCUAGCAAUUAAUAGGAAAAAAAGGGCCGCUUUGCAAAGGGGGAAAUUUGAAGAAACAAUUAUCAUUCCAGAAUCUAUUAUUGAUCAAACCCCUAUAUCGAAUAAUAUAUCCGAAAAUAUUCCGCCUAACGCUCAUACGCCAAAAAGGAAAGAAGCUUCUAGACAGAAUUCGUCUAUCAUUACUCGUUCAAACAAAAAACGUAUCGAGGAAAGUUGUAAGACAUCUUCCCAAAAGGCAGAUUUUCCUUAUCACUCCGACGAUGGCUCUGACGAUAAUCGAUCUCACCCCCAGACUCUUUUAAAUCAAACAUUUAAAUUGAAUUUGACAAAUACUUUGACGACAAAUCAAGAAACUAAAGGCCCCACGUGUAAUGAUAACCAAAGUAAUGAUAGAAACAAGGAAAACGAUAGUUAUUCUUUAAAUCAAUGCACAAAUAUUAAUGAUAGCCCAGCUGAGGUAUUGUUUGUGUCGAUCGAUAAUUAUGACAUGGAAAACCCCGUACCGAUUCAAUCUAAAAUUCAAAACAUUACCUACCCCUCCUCUUUAUUCAAGACCAGUAUGACGUCACAAAUACCUAACCAGAAUGUAUCUUCCACGCCCACACUAAUUACAAACUCGAGUUUUGACAACCACAAUUUUACAUCUGCAAUACUUAGUUCAGGAUUCUCUCCAACAUUUUGCACAAAAUUCACAACCACACAAUCCUCACUGUCUCCUUCAUCACACGAUUCCGGCUACAUAAAAACAAAUAUCUGUCCCUCUUUUAUAACGAACAACUUGGAAUUAUUCACGGACACUAACAAGAUACCAAUUAAUGACAAAAAUGAUUCCUUACCCCAGCAAGUUGAUUUGCAAAUCGACGAAGAAGUAAGACAGCUACAAAUGAGUCACCCUUGUUUUUAUCAAAAAAUCAAUCACCAACAGACUAGUUACUCAGAUAAUCCUACCCCAAACUCUCAGCCAUUAGUUUAUGCCACCAAUUUACCAGAUAGUUUAAUCAUUUCUCUCCGACCUGACUUCGAUGAUCUUAACGACGUUUCAAAUGACGACUUGCUGUUCGAGGAUACCUCUUUCGAAGAGGAUGUGAAUAACGUUGAUGGUGUCUCCGAUUUUUCUUCCGUCAUCGAUUAUUACGAUUCCUUGAACGAUAUCGAACCUACUAUUGGAUCGGAUCAAGAUUUUUCUUCCUUUUAUGUUGGAACUGGUCGACCUUUCACCGGGAGAAACGAAAGGGUGCCGCUUAAUGAUUUGAUUUUGUCUAAUCAGCUUAAUAUGAAUACUAACGAGCCUUAUCCAAAUCCCGCUUUUUGUCAAAACGAAUCUAUCCUACCUCGGGAAAUAUCAAAAACGGAUUAUAAUUUACCAACUAGUCAAUAUAGUUUUUCAUCUGAGGAGUGUCCGACAUCAUUUAAUGGAUGUCAAGUCAAAGACGCGAGUAGUCUUAAUUCGGGAGUUUUUUUAUCAUCAACCAGCGACGACAACAACAAUUACAAUUGGUGUUUAUAUUCAAGUAUUAAAGAAAAUAUUAUAAAUGAACAAGCUAAAUCUCAAGAUUUUGUUUAUAAAAAUCACCUCAAAGUACCAAUCUCCACCAACAUAAACAUGAAUGAAUAUCCAACUUUAGGAAAAUUGGCGGAAACAUUAUUUUGUCCAAACGUAAUAAAAAAUUCGCAAUUAUCUCACGAAUUCGAUAUAUCAUUAGGUUUAUUAGAAUCUCCGGCAUCUCUUCAUAGCAAUGAAUUAAAUUUGACAUCUUCACCUAUUCAAUAUCAAAAAUUAUCGAUUCUUAACACAGAUACCAAAGUCUCGCCGAUUAUAGCUAAUUUAGAGCCGAAUCCGAAAUUUAAUUUUUCUCAAAUUUAUUCGAACAAAAAAAUACUCCCGGUUUUACCUUUAAAUAGGGACCCUGUUGUCACCUCUCAUCUCGAAAUUAAUAACUCAAUCCUAUCUCCGCAUAGCACACUAUCUAUUACUGACACAUCGGAAUACGAUAACUUUGAAAGUGAAGAUAUUAAUAAAUUCGCAUCUCCAACAUUUUUAUACGCCCCUAUAAACAAUAUUUUCCACAUAUCGCCCAUCGCUCUUCCCCAUAACAAUUUAACAAGAUGUAACCUUGUUGACAACACUCGUGUCGGGAAAUCUAAUGACCAAGUCACAAAAGGUUUAUAUAAUAGUCCCGAGAGUAAUAAAAUCAAUCCCCAGGAUCACUCCAUACUGAAUUCCAUACAUUUUGGCACUAAUUUAAAUUUUAACCACAAUACAAAGCCAUAUAAUAAUAAUCACGUUUCCCUUAAAACUAGCUGCAAUUUAGCCAAGUUACAAAAAUUGACAAAUGGCCUCAUCGCGUCGGCAACAUCAACCAUUCCAACCAUGUAUUCGAAAUCCUGUGCGACCGCAGCCAUAAUUACCAUGAGUAACAAUCAUCAAACCUGUUUAGGAUCAGCAGCCAUUUUAACCCCUCCUCCAAAUCACACUCCGCCUCCUUUAACCUUGUUGAAUACUAAGCAACUAAUCAAUAAAGUUUCGCCAUUUAUUUCUAACCAAGCUAAGCGAAAUAACGAUAACACUUCCAAAUCCGCAUCUAACAGUGACGUUCGGAUUUUAAUCGAAGAUUCGCCCAAAUCAGUGUCAUCGUCGACGACCAGUCCAAAGAAAAUUUUUCAUCGAUUAAUCAAACCUAAUAUUCUUCCCAAAUUACCAAAUAUUAUCCAACGUCACGAUAUUCCCGUUCUCAAUAAUAACUUUAUACAAAUUUCACCUUAUAUUACCUCUGCCACCGGUAUCUUACAAUCCCCGACAAAACAUAAGAAAAAUGUACCCUUACAUUCCGUCGGGAUUGUUUCCGGCUUCCCAAAAUACCCACCAUUAACUCGGCAAUUACCGAAUUUUGUUAAAUCUUCCCAUAAUCCACUGCACAAGCCUAAAUCGGUAAAACAGAAUAGUGUUCCCCAACCUAACACGUGUCUCAUAUACCAACCGAUAACUCAACCGGGAUUAUCGGCUUUACAAAUUGGAGGAUUCGCUUUGCAAAUGCCCAAUUUUCCCCAAUCAUUUACUUCUAACCAAUUUUUACAGAAUUCAACUCACAUGCCACCAGUUUUAAAUAACCCCUCAUUCCUAAACUAUCUUAAUAUGCACAAUAAUAUACACAUUCAAUCUCUAAACGAUCCACAUCUUACAGGUGGUACUGCAUGUCCACGUGCUAUACAUAUAUUUCCACAAAAUCCUAAUGCUCAACGAAUUAAUUACCCAUAUACUAAUAACAUACUUUUAUCAACGAACUUGUCCUCCUUUAAUAAUGGCUGCUGAUCUGAUAUUGAUGUUUAUGUUAAGCGAAUAGAUAGCUAGUAUUCUAAUAUGGAAGAAUAAUUGAAUUUUAAGACAUAAUGAUAUUUGUAAUAGUGUAAAAUUUUUAAACUCUUUUGUAUUGGUUUAUUAUUCUUUUUAGUAAAAAUUACACAUUUAGAUUCAAGGUUAUACCUAAACCAGUUUUUAACCAGUUUUUAUUAUAUAAUCAUGACGUAACUUAUUGUAUAUA